AUGAGAGAACUAUUACAAAGCGGUGUGGCAGAACAAGUCAGUGAGGUAUCAGGUGGCAUGCGGGUUUAUUAUAUGCGUCAUAAGCCAGUGUAUCGAGAGGAUAAAACUACGACAAAAACGCAAAUAGUUUUCGACGCCUCUUCGAGCGAGCCGGGACUUAUGUCUUUGAAUGACCAUUUAAGCGCAGGCUACAAUCUUAUAGCUGAUCUUACAAAAACUUUGCUGAGAUUUCGGUCGAAUGCUAUAGCGGUGAUAGCAGAUAUAGAAAAGGCUUUCCUACAAAUCUCAAUAGCGGAGCAAGAUCGUGACUCACAUCGGUUUUUGUGGUAUGAAACGGUGCCGAAAGAAAACGAGCUAUUGCCAAAAAUAGUCGAAUAUCGAAUGGCGCGGGUGACAUUUGGCACAACUUCGAGUCCUUUCUUGCAAUCAGCGACAAUACAAAAACACCUUAUUGUAUCUGCGCAGCAAUAUGGUCCCAUAUGCGACAAGCUGAAGAAAUUGUUUUAUGUUGACGAUUUAAUAAUGAGCGUGUCCAGUCACGAAGAAGCUAAAACAACCUUCAUUCAAGCAAAUGAAAUAAUGGCAGCGGCGAAAUUGAAUUUGAGCAAAUGGAAUUCGAAUGACGUUCGGCUAUGA